AAGCCAAGCAGAUCAAGCCAAGCUUUAUGAGGAGCUGGGUAUGUUGAGUUGCAGAGGAGGAGACAGAGAGGAGAUAGGAGAGCCAUGUCACCUGGGCGUAGGAUUCCAACCAAUGUCUUCAAGCUACAAGAAAGGAGAUUUGGACUCAACACUCCUAGUCAUUUUUCACGAGGCACCAAUGACUCCCUUGUCAAUCAGUUCUGACUUCAUGCAUUGACUGGAAGGAAGGAGCAACCAGGCUGAGUCCCCUCGCAUUAAUCUCUUCGCUUGCCUCCACGUUUCCACAAUCUCCCUUCUAGAGGCCUACAUCUCCUCCUCCUUCUCCUCCUCCUCCUCCUCCUCCUCCUUUUUUGAAAGAUAGCUCAGAGUCUGGGCUGUGGUGCAGUCCUACCCUGGUUCCCAGCAAGACUCAUCCAUGGAUGCUCAGGGAACCUUUUUCUUCUCCUGAUAUUGUACAGCUUUUGUAACAGAACAAUGUAUUUGCUUUGUAGGAUUUGCUAGAGCUUUUCAUUAAGACGGACAGAACUUGGCAGAAGACCAAAGGGUUCCUUCCGAUCUCUCAGAGGCUUCCUGAGACCGCAGAUGGAUGAGCAAGACACAGCUGGCCCUGAAGCAGGAAGAGGCCAUGCAAUCCAAACUGGGAGCAGUGAGGGAUUCUGGGAAAACUCUGGGCAGAAGAUCCUGGUAGAGGAGGACACCCUCCGCUCAGAGGUGCAGAGCCAGCAAUUCAGGCAGUUCUGCUUCCAGGAGGCCAAAGGACCCCGAGAGGUUUGCAGCCGACUCUACCACUUUUGCCAUCUGUGGCUGAAGCCAGAAAGGCACACGAAAGCUGAGAUGCUGGACCUGGUGAUCUUGGAGCAGUUCCUGGCUGUCCUUCCACCGGAGAUGGAGAGCUGGGUGAGGGACUGUGGAGCGGAGACCAGUUCCCAGGCGGUGUCGCUGGCCGAAGGAUUCCUCCUGAGUCAGGCAGAGGAGAGAAAGCAGGCAGAGAGAAAGCAGAAAAGGGAUCGUUUUGCAGAAAUGGAUCUGGAUUCCUGUGAGGCAGAGAGGGCUCCGUUGGACACCAGAGAGAGGCCACUGGGUGAAAGAAUGAAGCCAGAAAGACCUCCUGAUCCAUCUUUUCAUGGGGGCAGAAGGGAAGCAGCGGCUGUGGAACCAGAUCAGGGUCCAGUGUGCUUUGAAGAUGUCGCUGUUCGUUUCACAGACGAGGAGUGGGAGUUGCUGGAUCCUGACCAGAGAGCUCUGCAUAAGGACGUCAUGGAGGAGAAUUGGGGGAUCGUGGCCUCUCUUGAUUGUGAUGAAUUGGAAAUCAAGAUCAAAGGUGACCACAACACAAUCUGCAGAGUGGAGAAGGCACGUAAAAAUUUGGAAUGUGGAAAGAGCUGCAGUCAGAGCUCCCAUUCCAGUUCCCAUCAACAAAAUCUCAUUGGAAAGAAACCCCAUCGGUGCAUUGAAUGUGGAAAGAUAUUCAGUAUGAGCUCCUCUCUCACUUCCCAUCAAAGAAUUCAUACAGGGGAGAAACGCUAUCAGUGUGUGGAAUGUGGAAAGAGCUUCAGUAGAAGCUCCGAUCUCACUAAACAUCAAAGAAUUCAUACAGGGGAAAAACCCUAUCAGUGUGUGGAAUGUGGAAAGAGCUUCAGUCACAGCCACAAUCUCACUUCCCAUCAAAGAAUUCAUACAGGGGAGAAACCCUAUCAGUGUGUGGAAUGUGGAAAGAGCUUCAGUAGAAGCUCCGAUCUCAUUAAACAUCAAAUAAUUCAUACAGGGGAGAAACCCUAUCAGUGUGUGGAAUGUGGAAAGAGCUUCAAUAGAAGCUCCACUCUCACUAAACAUCAAAGAAUACAUACAGGGGAGAAACCCUAUCAGUGUGUGGAAUGUGGAAAGAGCUUCAGUAGCAGUUUAGAUUGCACUUCCCAUCAAAGAAUUCACAUAGGGGAGAAACCCUAUCAGUGCAUGGAAUGUGGAAAGAGCUUCAGUAGAAGCUCCGAUCUCACUAAACACCAAAGAAUUCAUACAGGGGAGAAACCAUAUAAAUGCUUUGAAUGUGGAAAGAGCUUUAGUAAGAGCUGCACUCUCACUUCCCAUCAAAGAAUUCAUACAGGGGAGAAACCGUAUCAGUGUGUGGAAUGUGGUAAGAGUUUCAGUCAGAACUCCUCUCUCACUUCCCAUCAAAGAAUUCAUACAGGGGAGAAACCCUAUCAGUGCCUGGAAUGUGGAAAGAGUUUCAGCCAGAGAGGCCAUCUGAAUACCCAUCAAAGAAUUCAUACAAGAAAGAAACCCUAUCGGUGCAUGGAAUGUGGAAAGAGCUUCAGUCAGAGCUUCUCUCUCACUUCCCAUCAAAGAAUUCAUACAGGGGAGAAACCCUAUCAGUGUGUGGAAUGUGGAAAGAGCUUCAGUAGCAGCUCCAAUCUCACUAAACAUCAAAGAAUUCACACAGGGGAGAAACCCUAUCAGUGUGUGGAAUGUGGAAAGAGCUUCAGUCACAGCCAAAGUCUCACUUCCCAUCAAAGAAUUCAUACAGGGGAGAAACCCUAUCAGUGUAUGGAAUGUGGAAAGAGCUUCAGUAUGAGCUACAAUCUCACUAAACAUCAAAGAAUUCAUACAGGGGAGAAACCCUAUCAGUGUAUGGAAUGUGGAAAGAGCUUCAGUAUGAGCUACAAUCUCACUUCCCAUCAAAUAACUCAUACAGGGGAGAAACCCUAUCGGUGCAUGGAAUGUGGAAAGAGCUUCAGUAGAAGCGCCGAUCUCACUAAACAUCAAAGAAUUCAUACAGGGGAGAAACCCUAUCAGUGUGUGGAAUGUGGAAAGAGCUUCAGUAGCAGCUCCUCUCUCACUAAACAUCAAAGAAUUCAUACAGGGGAGAAACCCUAUCGAUGCAUGGAAUGUGGAAAGAGCUUCAGUAUGAGCUCCCAUCUCACUUCCCAUCAAAGAAUUCAUACAGGGGAGAAACCCUAUCAGUGCAUGGAAUGUGGAAAGAGCUUCAGUAUGAGCUCCAGUCUCACUUCCCAUCAGAUAAUUCAUACAGGGGAGAAACCCUAUCAGUGUGUGGAAUGUGGAAGGAGCUUCAGUAGAAGCUCCGAUCUCACUAAACAUCAAAGAAUUCAUACAGGGGAGAAACCCUAUCAGUGUGUGGAAUGUGGAAAGAACUUCACUGAUAGCUCCAAACUCAUUUCCCAUCAAAGAAUUCAUACAGGGGAGAAACCCUAUCAGUGUGUGGAAUGUGGAAAGAGCUUCAGUAUGAGCUCCCAUCUCACUUCCCAUCAAAGAAUUCAUACAGGGGAGAAACCCUAUCAGUGCAUUGAAUGUGGAAAGAGCUUCAGUAUGAGCUCCCAUCUCACCUCCCAUCAGAUAAUUCAUACAAGGGAGAAACCCUAUCAGUGUGUGGAAUGUGGAAAGAGCUUCAGUAGCAGCUUCGAUCUCACUAAACAUCAAAGAAUUCAUACAGGGGAGAAACCCUAUCAAUGUGUGGAAUGUGGAAAGAGCUUCAGUCAGAGCUCCAAUCUCACUUCCCAUCAAAGAAUUCAUACAGGGGAGAAACCCUAUCAGUGCAUUGAAUGUGGAAAGAGCUUCAGUAUGAGCUUCAAUCUCACUUCCCAUCAAAGAAUUCAUACAGGGGAGAAACCCUAUCAGUGUGCGGAAUGUGGAAAGAGCUUCAAACAAAAGUCCAGUCUCACUAACCAUCAAAGAAUUCAUACAGAGGAGAAUCACGGAAUUGUAGAAUUUUCAAGCUUGAAGUGAUCCCUGGUGCAAUCUAUUUCACCCCUUGUGAUGCAGGCAUAGCAAGUAAAGCAUCCAUGACACAUGACCAUCCAACUUCAUUUGAAAACCUCAAAGAAUGGAAAUUCCAGCACUCCCAAGGGAGUCCAAUCCACUAACAGCUCUUGCUGUUAAAAAGUUCUUCCGCAUGUUUAGUCAGUCUUUUUUUAAAAAAAAAACAAAACAAAACUUGAAAGCAUUGGUUUGUGUCCUACCCUGUGGAGCAGGCGUCCUAUUGGGAAGACCCAGUUUUCCGAGUGCAUGUUCUGGAAGUUGGGCAAUAGGGGCAGUACAGGAUUCCUUUUGGCGUACCGACCUCCCCACUGCACCAAGGAUUCCCUGCCCGAGCUGCUCCAGGUCAUGGCGGAUGUUCUCCUGGAGACACCUAGUUUGGUUGUCCUAGGGGAUUUUAACAUCCACGCCGACA